AUGCCGCGGACGACGACGGGGGCGGAACGAUGCGCGAGCGCGUGGUCGAGGCGCGACGCGCGGACGCGGACGCGGACGCGGACGCGAGCGACGUCGAACGAGACGACGACGUCGACGUCGCGUGGGAUGACGCGGGAGGAAUCGAAGGAGCUGUGCGCGCUCUUGGCGGAGGAUCUGACGCACCUGUUCGACGCGCGGGGGAUCGACGCGGCGUUGUACGCCCGGGACGUGUCGUUCGAGGACCCGUUGACGAAGUACGACUCGUUCGGGGGAUACGAGUUUAACAUUAAGAUGCUCCGCGGCGUGUUCGAUCCGACGUACGUCAUGCACGACAUUUAUCAGAGCGGUGAUUGGGAGAUCACGACGCGAUGGACGAUGACCAUGCGCGUGCCGUCGUUUCCGUUCGUGUGGCGACCGACGCUGACGUUCACGGGGACAUCGAUCAUGGGAAUCGACCCGGAGACAAAGCGGGUGAAGACGCACGUGGACACGUGGGAUUCGAUCGAGAAUCAGAGACAUCUCAGCCCCGAGGGCGUGGCGGAAGUAUUGAAACAGAUCUUCGAUUUUACGCAAACGCCGAGUUUGGACACCCCUGGGUACGUCGUUCUGAAGAAGAGACGUGAUUACGAGGUGAGGAGGUACGACAAGUACUUGGUGGCCGAAACGGGUCCGGGGUUAAACGUGAAGGAAAUGUCGUCAUCUUCCGGCGUUUCGAAGAUGGAAGGUCAAGCCGCCGGUCGCGCGUUCAAUUCUCUCGCGGGAUACAUCUUCGGACGUGCUAACGCGAGCGGAACCGCGAUGGAGAUGACCACACCGGUUUUCACUAAGAACAACACUAUGCAAUUCGUCGUCUCCGGCGAUUCGGUGGACAAGCUCCCGGCGAGCACGAAUGAUGAGGUGGUUUUGAAGGAGGAAGUCGGAGGAAUUUACGUCGCUAAGAAGUUUUCGGGCGUCGCGACGGAGCAAUCGGCGCGAGAAGUUGAAGAUUCUCUUCGCAAACUCAUCAAGCGGGACGGUCUGGAGGCGGAUGGGAACGCGGCGCUUGCGCAGUACAACGAUCCUUUCACCAACCCUUUGGUGCGUAGAAACGAAAUCAUCAUACCGGUCUCGAACUUUGUCAUGUAA